AUGGCCGUGGCCGCCCCCGCGCUGAGCCGGGCCGGCGUGGCGCGCUUCCUGCGGGAGCGCGGCGGCGCGGUGCGCGUCUCGCUGCUGGUGAGCCACUUCGCGCCGCUGCUGGAGGCGCCCGCGGGGGAGCGCGGGGAGCCCGCCGAGCUCCGCGAGCGCUUCGAGGGCUUCGUGAACGACGUGGCCGUCGUGCGGCGCAUGGACGGCGCCGAGUUCCUGGUGCUGAAGCCGGCGGCGCACGCGGCCGGAGCGCGUCCCUGCGAUGCCGAGGGCGAGGAAGAGGAGGGCGAGGGAGAGGAGGGCGAGGGCGCGGCCCCCCCGGCGCCCGCUCCGCAUGCCGUCGUGGGGGCGCCUGCCCGGGACUGCCCCGAGGAGAGCCAGGCUGCCCUGCCCGUGGCCAAGUUGAAGGACUUCUUCCAAGGCGGCGACCCGGAGCCCCCCAAAGCCCCCGGCGGCAGCGCCCUGGGGAGCGCCCGGGCCGCCCCGCAGAAGCCCUGCAUGCUGCCGGUGCGCUACGUGGUGCCCGCCAGUGCCCGCGGCCGCGGGGCUGAGGAGCCGCGCCCGGAGCCGGAGCCGGAGCCGCCUGCAGGCGCAGCCUGGCGGCAGGUGGGCCAGGUGGGCCCCCGCGCCGCCACUCGGUCUGCCUCCCCGCAGCGCAAGCAGGAGCCGGCCGAGAGCGGGCCCAGCUCGCCUCCCCUCCGGAGGGCGCCGAAGCCUCAGAAAGUGGGCGAGGAGGCAGACGGGCCCCCCCCCACGGUCCCGCUGGAGGCGGCCGAGCACGAGUGGCUGGUCUCGGCCACCGCUGGCCAGUGGUCCCCGCGCCUCCACGGCCUGCUGCUGCACGACAGGAGCCUGGCCAGCAAAAGGGACUUCAUGACUGGGUUCACCGUUCUGCACUGGGCAGCGAAAACGGGCAACUGUGACAUGCUGCAGAAAGUCAUCGAGGUGGCCCGGGCAGACGGCGCCCACUUUGACGUGAACGCCCAGUCCUUCGGGGGCUAUACGCCGCUCCACAUCGCCGCCCUCCACGGGCAGGAAGACGUCAUUGUCCAGCUGGUGAAGGACUACAAUGCCAAGGUGAGCUUGAGAGACUACAGUGGGAAGAAACCAUUUCAGUAUUUAAGAGAAGGGUCUUCCUUUGCUGUCAGGCAUCUCCUGCGUGACCCGAAUCUUCACACGGUCUCUGGACAGAACACCUUCAGCAAGAAGAAUGCGAAGGUGGCUGCUUCUAUUCUGAGCUCCACCAGCACCGUCCUGGGGCUUCUCUCUGAUGACACCGCCUUCUAUGAACUGACCAAGGGCUUGAAAAAGACCGCUUCCCUGAACAGGCUUCUUCAUGCAGCCACAGCCUCAAGGCGAAGGCUGAAGUCCAAAGGAAGCUUCUCAUCCUAUUCUUCCUUGGUUGAGGCAGUAGAAGAAGAGCAGGAAGAAACCACAGUAAAGCGGAGGCCUGUUUCAGAGUUGUUUUUUGGUCACUAGUCUCUGCUUUACUGAAGUCAAUUUAUAUGAAUAUUGAGGCAGACAUCCGCUGGUCAUUUUGUCACAGUAGUACUUUCCUUUUGUGUGCUUGUAUGUUUCUCUUUAACAGAUCUAAUCUAAGGAGCAAAAAAUGGAUUUGCUCACAGAGUGUAUGUAAACAUUGGUUGCAGCAUUCUAGUGACCUUUACCUCACACACACAGUCGUUUCACUGAGAACAAAGGAGGCUUCCAGGUAGAGGAAUUCUAUAAAAUCUGUCCUUCCUUAACAGGUUUUUUCUUUGCAGAAAAGAGAAGGAAUGGGAGAAUAUGGAAGGGGUACAGACGGAAGUCCCCAUCAUCUGGGGUCACUAUAAAAUUCCUUGACAGGGCAACCACCCAAUAAAAACUUAAUCUGGAAGCAUCCAAACAUUGACUGAGAAAAGUUAGGCUUGCUAAAUUGAUGUGAAACUUCAUCAGGGUUUUGGAAGGUUUGUUUGCUUUUGUGAGUAAAAUUUAAUGUAGGAUCUUUCAAAACUGUAGUUUUAUAUUCAUUUAAUUGAAUGAAUUAUAAGUCCCAUUAAAACCAGUGAGACCAUUUCUGAUGGCUGCCACUGCAUUGGAAGCAGUGCAUGUUGAAACAAAAGCACUAUGUUUCGUUUGUUGUCUGCAUGAGUCUCCAGAACAAAGUGCUUGACUUAAAAUAUCUUUCAAAAUGCUUUUUGGAAAUGAAAAGGCUUGUUGGAGAUUCAGAACUUCCAGCCAGCUCUGCCAGAGCAGAUUAACGUGUUGGGUAAAAGGAGGGUUCUCUUUCCUAAUGACGUGCCAUUUUCAAUAUUGGAAAUGUACAACCAUUUUUGUAACAGUUUGCACUGGGUGCACUUUUUAUGACAGUUCCCUUAAUUUUCAGAGGAUCUGGCAGUCCUGUGGUUAAAAGGCAAGAAAAAUUAGGGAACUGUCAUAAAUUACUACUUUGAUUUUUAAAGAGGGUGCUGGAAAUUAAAAACAUGUCUUUUUACAGUGCCAUCUAGGAAGUACUUUUCUACGUACUUGACUAUGUGCAGAACACAAAAUACCUACUGAAAUUAUGCUUAGAAAAUGAACCAGCUCUAGCCAACUUUAAAAAAGAAAAUCCCUAACAUCUCUACCUCAAUCUUUCAUUUAUAUAGCCAGUUAUUUCUUGUUUUUUUCCAAGAAUAUCUAUAUAAUGCUUGUUGGAAACUUGUGAAAUAUGGUGCAAUUCUGAAUGCCUAACAGUUUGACAAAAUAUAAUACGACUCUCUGCUCUCUCUGAAAGUGAUGUUUUUAAAGUGUAGCAACAGGAGGGAAAACUAUUUAGAGUAUUUUUAUACAAGGAAUAGCCUAAUGAAAGCAUAGCAAUUUAGGCACUUAUUUUUCUACAGUUCAUGGUAUAAACACUGAAACAUGUUGACAUAUUUACAGUAAGGAACUUUUAAGCCAGGUUUGGACAUGUUAGCUGUUCCAUCAGCCAACCUUGAGUGCCUAAGAGUAUGUGCGUCUCAGUAAUAUAAAAAAGCAAGCGCCGGUACACCUUCUGCAUGUCUACUCAGAAGUAAGGCCUGCUGAGGACUUACUUGCAGGUCAGAGUGUUUUAAGCUUUUAAAUGCAUCCCAUACAGUUUUUAUGGCUUCAUGGGCACUUUUGAAAAUACAUUGUGGAUUAUUUUAAGCUUGAUGGAGCAUCUUGUUUUGAUCAUGCUUUGAUUGAACUAAAGGUCCUUCAUAUUUGGGUAAUUAUUGUACCAUUUUACAAAAUGAUGGAUAGUUGUUUAGUAUAAAUUGAUUUUAAUACAAUUGAUUAUUCAGUGUUUGGGGACCUUAUAUAUUUACUUGGAAGUACUUCUCAUUGAGUUGAACGGGACUUACUCCUAUUAAAAUUGUAUCAGACUGAAGACUGAGAGUGUUUUCACAUAAAACACAUUGUUGUACUUUGCUGUGCAUGCCAUGUGCAAAUGCUGCUAAUUGAGUAUAGGGCAUCAUAAACUUUUACAUGUAUGCUGGAUAAUGAAUCAAAAUCUAUUUUAAACAUGAAUAUGCUCACUUGAAAUAUUGUCAUAAAUGUGAGUGGAAAGCAACCUUUAUGUAAUGCUAAUACCUGUUAAAUUUAAUGGUUUUCCAGUGCAUUCAAGAUUUAUCAGCAAGCAGACAUUCAUAAAGUGAAGCUUCUCCUGUUGCCAUUACUAUUUCAUAUGGGGAAGGCUUUCCUCACUGAAGGUCUGGCUGCCAUUGUAGCUUCUUAUUUAGAUGCACAGAGGAAGUCAUACACUUCUGCAAGGUGGUUAACCCCACAGUCAAGUCUUACUCAGCAAAGGGGAAGUAGAGAAGCAGAAACUGAAAUGUACUGUAAGGUAGCUCUGCUGAUAAUAGUGGGAUUAUGCUUAAGGACAAAGAAUACUUAAAUGGUUUUCAGUAUAUGUCACUUUGCAUUACAUCACAAGCUGCAUGGCACAAUACACGCCAAAGCGUAUUCCUGUUUCUAAACCCUGAAGUUAAGCACAUGAAUGUCGAGACAGAUUUACUUAAGAGUUACUUAAAGUGGUUUGAGUUGAGAACUGAACUUCGAUUUCCUUUAAACCAUUCUUUAUGGAAUGUUGUUUCCUUGUACUGCCUUAAGAAGCCAUUGUUCUUCUGAUACUUUUUAAAGUCCUUGUUUCUGCUACAACAAGAUGAAGAAAUAAAUAAGCAUAUGUGACUGAAACUACUAACUACAAUCCUUUGUUAAAAUUCAUUAGAUGUUUUAAAUUUUAAUAGUGACUGCUUUGAAACUCUUCAAGGUCAGUGGCUCUUGAAAUGUUUUGACAUCAGACUUGCAUUAAUAA